AUGGCUGACGCGGGCCAAGCUCAGCAGACUCCCGAGCCCGACGAGGUCAUCGAGGCACAAGAGUUCGGAUCAGAUGCGUCUUCGACCAGCGGCACGUCCGUCCACACUGAUACAGACACCCUGAGAACGAGUAUUCGUGAUUACCGCAGGGAAAACGGGCGCACGUAUCACAGUCUCAGUGAUGGGACAUACAUCCUCCCAAACGAUGCCAGAGAACAAGACCGUUUAGACUUCCAGCAUCACUUUUGGACGCUGACAUGGGAUGGCAAACUCUGCAUGUGUCCCAAGAAUAAGGGCGCCAACCGUGUUUUGGAUAUUGGAACCGGAACUGGUAUUUGGGCUGAAGAAUAUGCGGACAAACACUCAGAAGCAGUGGUCAUUGGCGUGGAUUUAAGUCCUAUUCAGCCUGAAUUCGUCCCGCCGAACUGCAAGUUCGAAGUCGACGAUGUGGAGAAAGAGUGGACGUGGCAGGAGCCUUUCGACUUCAUCUUUGCAAGACACAUGAACGCAUGCUUCGAGAGCUGGGAGCGGUUCCUUCGUCGUGCUUACGAUGCCCUAGAACCAGGCGGCUUCAUCGAGCUCCAAGACAACGCCUUCCCCAUCCUCUGCCAAGACGGCACCCUCAAGCCCGACGACCCGAUGGCGCGCUGGUCGACCCUCAUGAUGGAGGGCACCGAGCUCAUCGGCCGCCCCAUCACCGUGCCCGCCCGCUUCCGCUCCAUGCUCAGCGAGGCCGGCUUCGUGGACGUCGUCGAGCACAAGCGCGUGUGGCCCACGAGCCCGUGGCCGCUGAACCCGGAGCUGAAGGAGCUCGGCGUCUGGGGCCAGGCGUGUAGUCUCGAGGGCAUCGAGCCGGGCGCCAUGGCGCUGUUUACGCGCGUGUUGGGUUGGACGAGGGAGGAGGUUGUGGUUUUUAUGGCGGGGGUGAGGGAUGAUUUUAAGAAUACUAAUAUUCAUGGGUUCUGGAACGUGUACUCCGUGUACGGAAUGAAGCCCUAUGAGGAGCCCGGCCAGGAGUAA